ACGUGGCAGGUCGAGGGAUGAACUUUGACCCGGAAGUACUUUUCAACGGCAUCAAACCGGAGGAUGCUCUGUUAGCCGCUGAUCAAGUCGGGAAGUUGUAAUAUUAUUUUGUCAGUUAAAUCUUGAAGACACGAUGCGGGUUGUCAGUUGUUUGGACGUGAAAGUUAACCUGUCAGAGUUCUGUAUUUGUUAAUUUUAAGAGCCGGAUAAUUGACGAAGCUAGUUAGCAUAGAUUUGCUAACGCUAGCGAGGCCAAAGGCUGCACUGUUUUCUGUGUAGUUAACGUGGAUGUUUUGUUAGCUAAGUGAACCAAAAGAGAGACGUGACGUUUGUUUAUACUAACGGCUGCCGUUCGGGGUUGUGCCAUUUAACUUGACGAGCACAAGUAAAAAGUCUGUGUUAAAAUUGUUAGUAGACGUUGGUUUUGAUGGUUUCGCUUGGUGGUACAUUAGCCGAAGAGAGAAGUGCAGUUAUGGACGAUUUUAGCUCGAUCAGCCUGCUGUCUUUAGCGAUGUUGGUGGGAUGUUAUGUGGCCGGGACAAUACCUUUAGCUGUCAACUUUUCAGAGGAGAAGCUGAAGCUGGUCACUGUGCUGGGAGCAGGGCUGCUUUGUGGGACUGCACUCGCUGUUAUUAUUCCUGAAGGGGUCCACGCACUUUAUGAAGAAAUCCUUGAAGGCAGACACCACAGCCACGGUCAGGCUGGAGCUGUGGAAGCCUCCGAGGUGAAGAGUGAUACCGAGGCAGCUCUUGGCGCCAGCGGGAAACAUGAACACAGUCACGAAGAGCUCCACGCCUGCAUCGGAGUGUCUCUGGUCCUGGGCUUCGUCUUUAUGCUGCUCGUGGACCAGAUAGGCAGUUCUCAUGUGCACAACACUGAAGAUCCAGAGUCUGCCAGGGUCAGCUCCUCUAAAAUCACCACCACCCUGGGCCUCGUGGUCCACGCUGCUGCCGAUGGAGUGGCACUAGGAGCUGCCGCCUCCACCUCUCAGACCAGCGUUCAGCUCAUUGUCUUUGUAGCCAUCAUGCUGCACAAGGCCCCAGCAGCGUUCGGCCUGGUCUCUUUCCUGAUGCAUGCUGGUCUUGAGAGGAACCGCAUCCGCAAACAUCUCCUGGUCUUCGCUCUGGCAGCACCUCUCCUCUCCAUGCUCACGUUUUUAGGCCUCAGUCAGAGCAGUAAAGAGGCCCUGUCGAACAUCAACGCCACUGGUGUCGCCAUGCUCUUCUCCGCCGGCACCUUCCUCUACGUGGCCACCGUCCACGUCCUCCCUGAGGUCGGUGGCGGCCACAGCCACACUCCUGCAGGAGGCAACGGAGGGAAAGGACUGAGUAAGGUGGAGGUGGGAGCUCUGGUGCUGGGCACCCUCAUUCCUCUGGUGCUGUCUGUCGGUCACCAGCACUAGACUGACGGCUCAGGACCGGUUUAAGACAGGUGUACAGGGAACCAGUGACUUGAACCAUUGUGGGUUAAUUAAUGUCUUAUUGCUUGUUGUCUGCUGAUGGACGUCGUGGACCAGACCGGUGCUCAUUGCAGGGACAUCUUGUGACUCAAAACUGAGGCUGAAACAGUGAAUGAAUGAUGUCAGGGAAAUCAGAGGUGCUGCAGUGAUGACCGACCUGCUGACACUGACGACCAGACUGAUACUGUAUGUGCCCAUUUAUGCCGCCAGAUGUGUGGAUCUUUUCCUAAGAGAAGAUGGUUGACCCUUUAGCUCAGUUUACUUAGGUCAGUGUGGGGGUUUCAGUGUUGCAUUAUUGUGCUUGUCCAAAGUCAAGAGACCAACCCUGACUUCAUUACAGUGAUGUUUUACUAGGUGACACUUGCACGGUGAGAUUUAGUCUCCGUUAAGUUCACGAUCUCAUCCAGGUUGAGUUGAAGUGAUUUUCAAGUGCCAUAUUAACAAGUUUGAAACCGAUUCAUGAAGAGACAACACCAUGUUAACAGUUUGCAGAAGACUUUCCUUACUAAUCUUGUAGUCACUGCUAAGUCUGAAGCAGGAGGAGAGAACAGUCAGCCCCGUGCACCUCACAGUCUUUACUUUGGUUCAUCACUCUGUCUCAGUGUCUGAUGGACACUGACACCCGUAAAACCAUAUAUACCGCUCAUGGUCUGGUCAGUUAAAAACCUGAGCCCUGCAUGAGGGUAAUAGACGACCAACCGCCGCUUUUAUCUGCUGGGUUUCUGGGAUUUUGUUUCUGUUCUGUUUUACCUGGAGAGUAGUUAUAAAUAGUUCGCAGGAAGACGCUUAACAGAAUCGUCUUAAGUGAUUGUGUAGAGUGUUACUUAGCAUAGCGACGGUUAUUUUAUCAGCUUUAAAUUAAUGAAUGAUUUGCCUUAUAGAGGACAUGAACUGGAUAAAGAAAUGAUCACUAGCUCAGGCAGAUGCACCCGUUACAGAUCAGGUGAGGAGAAUGUCGAACAGUUUUCUCCUCCUCAGUUAAUAAUACCUGAGCAAUAAUCACAAAUGCGGAGCUGGGAUGAAGUCGCUUCUUGCUCAGGAGUGCAGCUGAGUCUGAAAUGGUUACAGAGGGUUUGCCUUUCUCUUUAAAUGUGAUUCACCUAUCAAGAUGUGUGGGUUAGAAGCUCCUGAACACGGCCCUGCCUCUGAUAUCUCUGCCCCAGUUUGAGUUAAACGGUAAACUGGUCGAUACAUUAAGAUCAUAGGUGGUUUGCUUUUCUGUCAGGACACGUGGAUAUUGUGAGUGUUUCUGUCACCGUGCCUGCUCCCAGCAGGGCUCAUGUGUAUGUAAAUGUAUUUGUGUAUACUGUACAGAGUAACUCCUUCCUCCCACAAUCAUCAUGGGCUCCUGUGGGAGGUGGAACUGCUUUCUCACAAACAUGUUGAACAUUUUUAGUAUGACUGUUCUUUGCAGUUUGGACACGAGAGGCUACAGACUGACGAGUCUCUGUGUUAUGUAUAAACGCAACCAUUUUACACCCAA